AUGGCUUCUAUCUCCCCAAAUGAUAGCUUUACCAUUGAAGUUAAUGACACUGAAUCGUCAUCAGUUACAAUAUUAUUUACCUCUGUACCACCAAUAGCUUGUUUUUGGAUUAUGCUCAUAUUUUUAAUACCGUCUUUAGUUUGUUCUAUUUUUCUUCUCUACAAUUUUUUCUUUGAUCGAAAACUACGACAUGCAUUGAAUAAUCAUGUUAUUAUUGCUCUUCUCAUCGUUGGACUAUUCUCUUUACUUCUUGACGUUCCAAACUAUCUUAACUUUAUUCGACUAGGAUAUGUUUGGCCUCAAUUAACAAUCAUAUGUUAUUUAUGGUGUUUUGUGGAUUUGUCUUGUUUCAAUUUACUUGGUUUUCUCAUGGCUUGGGCUACAAUUGAACGACAUAUUCUGGUCUUUCAUAAUAAUUGGAUAAAUACUCUGAAAAAACGUUUUCUUCUUCAUUAUUUACCAUUAACAAUAAUCAUUCUAUAUAGUCUUAGUUUUUAUACGAUUGUCAUUUUUUUUUCAUCAUGUGAGAAUGAAUUCGAUUACACACAAGAUUGGUGUGCUUAUCCAUGUUAUUCUAGUCAGAAAAAUAUCAUGAUAUAUGAUAAUUUUUUCAAUUUUGUUUUACCAACUCCUCUGAUUGUUAUCGUCAAUAGUUUGUUAAUUAUUCGUAUUGUCAAACAAAAACAACGUCUUCAUCAACAUAUGAAAUGGAGUAAAUAUCGGAAAAUGAUUUUACAAAUAAUGUCAUGUUCAACCAUUUUUCUUCUAUUCAAUCUUCCUAUGUUGUUACUUCUUGUCGCUCAUGCUUGUGGUUUACCAUAUGAAGCAACUGGUCAAGUUGAACUCUUUUUUUAUUUUCUAGCUUAUUUCAUCAAUAUUUCUAUGCCUUUCGUAUGUCUUGGAUCGUUGCCGGAGAUCUGGAUAAAAAUACGCCGAAAAAUAAAGCAUUUCACUAACAGAGUAACUCCAGAAAAUAUCACAUUGCGUCCAAGUACAAUGAAACAACUUACAUUCGAACGAUGA